CCUAUUAUAACAAGCAUGUCCUCAUCGUCAUAAAUCCCUUUCCAAAAUAAUCAUUGGAAACGACCAGUAACAUGUUUGUGGUGAAUUUCAACAGGAAAGAUCCAUAUGCCUUUCUGACACAAAAUAUUUGUGAGUCUGUUUCUGCAUGUAUAUACAAUAUGUGUGUGUAUGUGCGUCCUUAUUUGUGUCUCAGUGUGGGUGAAUCUGACUGCCUCUGCAGGUAGCGUUAUCAGCAGCAGCUGAUUUGUGCUGAGUAACGCUUUACGCUGCCUCUCUUCAUUCCUCACACUAUAAUAAGCUGUCAGAGUGUCUGCGAGCUGCCUCUCUAAAUUGGGAAACACGGGCUCAACACCUCUGCAGUCAUUAUAAACCUGCACAGACAGGCGCUGCAUUAGCAUAAGCAAAACUGAUCAUCAGAAGACGUUUUAUUGAUUUUGGAUGCCCUUAGGUGUUGAGGUGCAGCGUGAACAAUUAUUUUUCACCUUGGGUCAUCCUCCUUUGGACUGAUUUGCAAGAUGUGCAGAAAUUAACAACACCUGUUUAAGAGAGAAAAAAAAAUGUUAAAUGGACAUAAAUUUUCAGAUUGAUUUUUACUCAAAAAUAUGGCAGAUUAAUUCUUGUUGGGGAAGCAAAAAUACAAGAACUGAACCUGUAAAUGAAUGAUUCCUGUUUGCGUUACCUGUUUCAUUAAAGUAAAUCUGCAGAAUACAUCUCAAUAGGGAAAUUUUUCUUGUGUUUCUAGUUUGAACAUGUCAAAAACCGAGCCGUCAUGAGGAUUAAAAUACCUGCACUUCCUGUAUUGACAUAAUAAAAGUGCUGACUUGCUGAUCUCAAAACCUGUGUAAUUCAUCAACUUCAUUCAGAGUACUUGAUGUGGCGCCCCCUGUUGACAGAGCAGUCUAUUCCUAUCUUGUCCUCAACACCCUAUUGAAGAGACUUUGACUAAAAAUGUAAUCCUGCUGAUUUUUGACAGUAUAAUCAAACUCAAAGAUAACGAUUCAAGAUAGUCAGACAUGUUGCAGGUGGUCUUGUCUGCUUUUGGAUACCAUAAUAAUAAUAACUUUAUUUUUUGGCACUUUAAAAAAAAAGACACAAGUUUACAUGAGACCAUGAGGACGAAAAUAAAAACAUAAAAUAGGUAAGAAAAAGAAAUGUAGCAAAAAAGGGGGUAGAAAGCAGGAAACAGGAUAGUAAAAAUAAAAGAUAACAAACAAAAUAAUAAUGAUGGUAAUAGUAAUGAUGAAAUGAAAUAACAAAAAUGAGCAGGGAAAAAUCAAUAAGAGGCCUAAAAGGUUGAAUAGAAAAAGAUUAUAAGUUAAACAAAGGCUAAAAAGACAGUAAGUUGAAAUAAAAUAGAGGUAAAAGAGAUAAAAAGUAAAGACGACAUCACAUAAAAGCAAGUCUGUAAAAGUGAGUUUUUAAAUAAUAAAAAUUAAAUAAACCAUAAAAGGGAUGGAUUUGGAUUUCAGUCUAUUUCAUCAUAAUGUAUAAACUCGCCAUAGGAGCUUUAACACUGAAGAAUAAACAAAGGAACAGGCCUGUGUCUUAAUACUAUUUUAUAUCCAUUCAACACGUGCAGUUAAAACAAGUCCUAAGUAUUUCUGGGUUAAAAGAUAGUACUGAUAGUACUCAACUGAAACAUUAAAUGGGUGAAAACUUAAUCAAGCAUUAAUCGAAUUACACCAAAAGUGACGCUGUUUUAUUUAUACUUCUACCUUUGCUCACUUUUUCACUGCUGUGCUGAGUUUACUGUAACAACUAACCUGUCCACUAGAGGGCGCCAUCACCGCAGUGUUCAAACCAUGGUAACAGACGAGCUCAAUUAAACUGUGCUCUCAUAAUGCUUCUAAUAACUUCUCCUCCCCGAUGACCAAACUGUCAUCGUCUCUGCUCCUUUCCCAAAUCUUUUAGUGUUUAAUUAUCAGCAGUUUUAUUUCCUCCUGGUUGGAUUUUUCACAUUUGUCAGGUCACUUGAAGGGAAAGUUAUCCAGUAUCUCCUCACCCUGUCGGCGGCUGUGCGUGUUUGUCUGUGGAGAAAUCUAGGAAGUAACGUGAGCCUAACUUCUCGACCAGGACGACGCGGAGACGUCAGUCCUCAAACUCUUCGAAAAUUUGUGACUUAUACGAGCUAAAACUUGUCCGAAUUGCUUAUAAAUCACUUUUCUAUCAGUUUUAAGUGCCUUCCUCUUGGUUCUUGGUUUACCUUUUUGUCGGGAAGCACAGGUGAGAAACUUUUUUAUCCUCUAACAACUUCUGUGAUUGGAAUUCGUCACCGUUCGUAAGUGCAGAAGACACCUUCCUGUUGCCUUUUGCUUUCAGGAUUAUUUCGGCUUUUUAAAAAUGAAAUGAUGGUGUAAUCUCACAAGGUAAGUCUUAUUUUUUACAUUUUGAGUUUGUUGAUGUUUGUUAUUUGUAAGGAGGCGGUUUAUAUGUGGGAAUUUUGUAGGAAUGCACAUGUAAAGUGAAGGGUGGAAAGUAGGUUAGGUUAUAAGAAACUUGUACACCCUAUUGGGUCUUUUUCUUACCCUUUAACAUCAUUAAAAGUGCAUUUUACAUUAAAAAAAUAUGUUCAAAUGUUAAGAGUUUUGCGUGUGUAGUAAAACCUGCUUUAUUUGAUUCCCUUUUCCUCAAUUGUGUCUAACAAAAUGUGUUUCUGCAGUUGAGGCUGCCAGAGAGUUGGCACUGUGCGUUAUGCUGAGGCCUGCCUGUAUAUCAGCAUAUCAGGAUGAGCACUACAGAUGGAUCAGGGGCCCCUGAACAGGAUGAGGAGGCCCGUGUUGUGCAGAUCUACCCCAGACUGUCCCAGGACGCAGCCACCCACUGUCCCCUACAGAUCAGCGCCGGGGACACAACAUGGUCGGUGAUCCACAAUGCUGUGAUCACUCUGGGCCUGAAUGCCAGUUUGACGUACAGCCUUCUGGAGGUGAGGGAGAGUGGUGGAGAGGAGAGGUUAUUGGAGACCGGGGAGUCCCUUUUGGAGAGGGUCCUGCUGUGGCCACCAGACACACAGAAAUGGCAUCCCAAGAGCCGGGGGUACUACUUCAUCCUGCAGCGGCAACUCCCUAACAAUGGAGACCAACAAGUUGAGAGCAGCGCAGAGGACUAUAAUGAUCUCUGUAACCUGCAAACUGUGACUGAGGAGAGUAUUCUGGAUGCUUUACGGGAGCGUUUCUACAAGCUUAAAAUCUACACCUACGCCAGCAACAUCCUCAUCGCACUCAACCCCAAUAAGUUCCUUCCUGUUUACUACAAUCCCAAGUAUGUCAAGAUGUAUGAGAACCAACCGCUGGGCAAACUGAGUCCUCAUAUAUUCGCCAUAGCAGAUCAGGCCUUCAGAGCGAUGCUGAACAGGCAGGUGAACCAGUGCAUUGUGAUAUCUGGUGAGAGCGGCUCAGGGAAGACUGAGAGCAGCAGUUACCUCAUCCACUGCUUGACUGCACUCAGUCAGAAGACAUACUCCAGUGGGCUGAAACGGACCAUCCUUGGAGCUGGACCAGUACUGGAGGUAGGUCACUGUGAGGGGAAGCCAGGCAGCUAUAAGAAAAACACAUCUGCUGUUCACACAUGCAGCUGUGCAUGACUUUGCAUCUACUAUAUAAAGAAAUGCAAAUAAUCAAGGUGUAAAUUCAUAAAAACACCCUCAGCAACUAAUAACCCUGCUGCCAUGGAAAGAUACAAACAGGUUGACACAAAAUAUUAUUUUAUUGAUGUAAACAUAAUUUGUUUGUUUAUCCAGCUAAAAUAAUCUCCAAGUUUCAAUGUGAGAUUGUACUUCCUUAUCGGCCAACAUACCGGUUUGAAUUCACUCUAAAGUAAGAUAUCUUGUGCUGAACAUAAUGUCUCUGCUUAGCAACCAUCAACUUUUUUUCAACAUUAGAUUUGACUUUAUUUCUCCAUUAUUUUGUCUUUGUUCACAAAAUUGUAAUUCAACUGUAAAACCCAAAUUCUGACUUGAUUCUUGAAGUGGAGAAUAACAAUGUAUUUUCUUAUUAUUUUUUUGUCAUCCUUGGUUCUUUAACACUUUUGUGCCAAAACUCGUAUUAAGUUGAAGUUUGUGGUUGCAUAAGCAUAGUACUGAUAAAAACUGUAAUUUUAUAUCUACAGCACUUUUCAGAAACAAGCUUUAAAACAGGUCAUAAAAUAAAAAUUUUAAAAAACAAAUCUGUUAACAGCGAUUUACCAUCAAACAAAGUCAAUAAAAACUUAAAUAUCGAAUUACAACAGAUAAUGAAUAAGUAAGAUCCGAUUUUUUUAAUGAUCUUUUAAGCCCACAGAAACAGGAAUAACAGAGCCUAAGGUUAUGAAAAAAACAAACAAUAGAAACGAGUUUAAAGAAGAGAUUUAAGAGGUCUGUUUUCUUCAGUUUGGUUGAUGUCUCUCUCAGCCUUUUGUGCGUUUAAAAUCUCUCUCUAAUAUCUCUUUAUUUUCUCCUUUCUUCAUCUGUCCUCUGCUCUUGGCUCAUCCAACAUUAACCAUCUAUCUUGUUCAGCGCUCACCAAAUCAGUUGAGAAAGAUAUUAGACACACAGCUUUCUUGUAUUUCCACAAGUGCGAUAGGGAGAUGACUUUUUCUUUUCAGAUAUUAGACAGGAAGAGGUGAAAUCACAAACAAUACAUUUGAUGUGCGUAACUCCUUCCUGCGGUUUGACCUAAAAUGUUAGAUGUGUGCGAUCAGGUUGUUCUUUGUGUCCCAGAAUUAACAACCCUUGUGAGGAGAUUUUGACCAAUAAGAAUCAAGCAUUUAACAGAGCUGUAUGGCACAUCCUGUCUAUACUUCAGAUACUUCCAUCUGUAAGCUCUAGUGCCUCUAUCUCUGACUUCCAUAGCAUCAUCACACUAUCUUCACUAUCUGAUCUUAUGUCUUUACGUCUGUCUUCAUCUGCAGUCUGCUGAUCACUGCAUUGAUGAAUCUUUGUUUUGACAGCAGCCCAGACUCUGCAUAAAUCUAACUUUGCUUUAUAAAAACUCAUCCUUUUUAGUUUCAUAACUCUUUUUAGACUUCUGAUCAAAAGAGAAAAAAAAGAAGAGUUGCAUAAACUACCAGCUUUGCACAGGAAAUAUGUAUCAACUGGAUUUGUUUUUCACUUCCUGCAAUAAAAACACCAGUGUAAUCAACAAUUACCACAGAAAUGCUUCAUGAGCUAAAUUAUGUGACAGCCUGUUGGUCAUAGAUUUGUAACAGGAAGAGCUGAAACAUUCACGCAGCUUGAAUAAGAAGCAGAAGACCUUUAUUGUGUUAAAACAGAUCUGUUCAACAUCCAGUUUACAGUCUAUAAAAUUAGACCCAGAGUCCGAAGGGAGAAAGUAAAUUUCUGCACCACAUGAACUUUAGUUUCAGUCUCACACAUGUGGGUGAAAAGCUCUCUUUGUUGGCUAACACUUGAGCGUUGUACUACAGUAACCGUGUCAAUGAGUAACAGGAGACAUUUGCGUUUCCUCGGAUGUGUGCUUUCUGUUUCAUUUGUCGCAUAGAGUACACAACGUGUUUUAAUGGUUACUGAUUUAAAACUGGGUCAGAGUCUUUUUUUUUAGGGGGAUUCCUACCUAAAAUUACCCACCUACCUCUUGAAGUUUAAUGAACAUUUUGUGUUUGGGGAAAAAAAAACAAGAAUUAGAGAGUUUAGUGUUUUAGAGCUCAAGGUCUGAGAGGGAACCAGCAGGAGGGAAGCGAGGCUUUAUGAAGCAAAAUAAGAUUUAUCCGUGUUGAAAUCUGGUGAAGAUAUCAAGAUGUGACGUGGAGAUGGUGUUUUAUCAGUCCACCAACUAUCCUUUUGCACAAAGAGUCCUAGCCCACAGUGUAACCGAUCACACCCCCCACCCACAAGGGCUCCAGCGCGUCGGUAGAAAGCGGCUUCACAUUGAUGCUUCCUUUCUCUGAACAAGUCCAACAAGUUACUCCUUGAAAUGUGCAACAGCCUGUGUUUUUUCUUUUCUUUUCCGUUAACUGAUCUUUCUGGCAUUUGGUUGUUUUGUGGUCUUUGUUUGCGGGGGUGAAAAGAGGCUGAGAUUUAGUGUGUGGACUAUAAAAGUAUCAUGUGGUUUGGUUGUGAUUUCAAUAAAGGGAAUAAGGAACAAGUGAGCUGAAGACAGAGGUCACACCACCACAGCAGAGGAGGCCCUGCAUAAGUGUUUACACCCGAUCUGAUCAUAAAUAGAGGCGAAGCUAGGACCUGUUAACAACAUCCCCGCUGUAGAAGAGAGGAUCAGUUCAUGUUGAUCUGUAAAUGAUUCAGUAAUUUAAGGAUUUUGUAAAAGCUCUCUUGACACCCAGGGGUUUCCUCUACAUACGCAAGUCACCCCCUGAGGUUACAGUUCCUGUUUAUCUGAAAUCAGAAAUGUGUCACAUCUUCCGCUGUUACUUUUGACUCAGCAUUAGUCCACGUAACACCAGCUUGACUCUUAAAGUGCAUUUUAUUUUAUACUCCCAGAUGCAAAGAAACGGCUUUGUCUGAUGUUAGCGAUGCCUCCUUUAAAAUAAAAAUCAAAGUUUGUUCUAAGAUGUUCAGUCUCAAGCCAGGAGGUGAUGCCACCUUGCUUUCAUUACGUGCAGCGGUUUACUGACUGAGUCCGGGUUUGUGUCUCGGUUGCUGGCCUUCAGGAAGAUUAGAGCGGCGCUCCACAUGGGGGAAUGUGCAGGGCGUUGUCUCAGAGGGAACACCAGAGAGAAAAGAGAAAAAAGGAACGUGUCAGAACAGGCUCAGCCAGGUCUGCUGGUAAACCUGCACAACAAAGUAGAAAUCUACUCCUUUCUCCCUCCUUCUCUCCACGCACAGACACCCUUCUCUUCUUCUCCCUUUUCGGUCAGCUGUUUAAUAACGAAGGGAUCAAUUAUUCAUCCAGGAAGGAGUUCAGUGUCAUGUUGACUAUUUGAAGACAAGUAUGGCCUGAUUUAUUCACAACACAAACACUUUAGGUUGAUCUAGUAUCAAGAGGUUGCAGUCAUAAUUAGGAAAUGUAUGACAUAAACAGAUUUAUUAUAUGAAUCUAACGGGAUAGAAACCCAAAAAAGUAUCUUUUGAAACUUAUAGAAAUGUCUUUUCUGAUAAUUUUCCCUUUUUACUUCAAAUUAUUUAAGUUAAAAAUGUGAAAUCUGUCUUUGAACUUUUACACCAAUAAUGACUUGUAGAAAAUGAUGAUACGUCAUGAUCAGAGAGUUGCUUUGGAGUUACAAGCUUACAUUUUUAGGAAUCUAAAAAAUCUACUGAGUAAAAGAGCCAAAGUAGAAUGUAAACACAGUAAACCUCAUACUUUUUAGAUGUUGUAUCGACUUUUUUAUUUAAUUAUCAAAGGGUCAAGAGUAAAAUAUGAAUUGCAGUUACCAAUUCUUAAAGGUGCCAUGUUUAGAAACCUUUUUUAAUUCCAAAUCACUUAUUUUAGACAGAUUUUAAAUAAAAUAAAACAAAUGGAAACAAAGUCACAGUCGGCUAAGUUUUGUAAUGGUUAUAAUGGGUGUCAUGAUUUGGAGAGGGAGGUCUUUCCGUUAGCUUCAGGAUUGUCACUUUAGGUUUCCUCUGUUAGUGCUGGUCUUUACCACAUUGUUGGCAUUUUUUGGCUUAAUUCCUGGUGAUAAACUCUGUACUUUAUUGACUUUAUAAACCUAAAAAAAGUUCCUCUUAAAUGUUUUGUUGGGAAACUCUUCUUGUACAGCGUCCUUCAGACAGUCCAGCCCCUAAAGUGGGACGUGGCAAACACCUGUUUCUCCCCCUCUUCCACAUACCAUCUUCACUUCUCCCUCUGCAUGCCUUUCAUCCAUGCCAUGCUGUACCCAGCUGCUUUGCAUAAAACCUGACUGAUCUUUUCUAGAAUCAAAUCCAGAUUUAAAACAUCCUGUACUGUGUUCGCAGGGGUGCACAGAGUAGAAACACACCAGUGAGUCAGAGUUUUACCUGCGAGUGCUGGAUGAAUACAGUGAUCAUCAGCGCUCAGGUCUGGCUCACUGUGGCUGCAGGAAUCACUCUGGCCUGUUAAGACACGACCCUCAGUCGAGCUCGCGCUGGAAUGAAGGAGGGUGAUGCCUUCAAUCGGCUGCAGCUCAUGAGCGUCAUUUUAUCCAGUGACUGGGUGGUGUCGUUAUAUGUUGUUAAUGGUGACCGUGGCAACUGUCUCCAGUCUCCAAAUCAAAACAAUCAAUGCUAUUGUGAGAAGUUUCCUCCGCAAAUGACGUCAGUAAUUAUUCUGGAAUGUUUUAUUAUAUUAUCAUUGAUUCGAUUAUAUAAUAGGCGACACGUGAUCCUCCUGGUGCUGCUGUGUCGAUGCAGAGGGCACUAUUAAUUUUCUUCUUCUUCUUCUUCUUCUUCUUCUUCUUCUUCUUCUUCUUCUUCUUCUUCUUAUCAUUAUAAUUAUUAUAAAUUUAAUUUUUGUAGACUACACUAAUGAUUAAUCUGCUUGCACUUUAUUGGUUUAGAGUUAACCUGCUGUAUCCAAAGUAUAAUAUAUCAAUUUCGCAACUAUUUUGUCUUUAAACAAUUUUCUUUUUUAAGAUUUUGCCCCCAAAAGAUAAACAAGUUUCUUUGAUUCGGGUCGUUUUAUAAAAUUUGUUUAAGACAGAUGAUGGGAAAAUGUGGAGUCACCAAGUCAUCUCCGUGCCAUGUAUUUGUUCUGCUCUGUCACUAAACCAGCUGCUUCCAAUGAGCAGCCAGGAGGGUGAGCUCAUUAGUGAAGACACCUGGUUCAGUAACUGAGCUGAACAAAUACACGGCAUGGAGAUGACUUGGUGACUCCACAUUUUCCCAUCUCUGAAGACAGCACAGGUCUAGCAAAAUCACAGGGGAGAGAAGAAAGCAUAAACGGGUCACAAUAAUGUAUGCAUGGUUUACAACAAAUACAAAAGAGGUUGUAAUUGUCCUUUAAUUUAGUACUGAGGUGUUCCAUAGGAAGAACCUGAAAAGUUUCUCUGUACCAUUGUGUGACCGAGGGAGGUUCCUCCUGGAUCAGCGAUACACCGCCUCUCGUGGAGCAGCAGUUCUGUUGACACUUCAAUCUUUUCUGCAGGUUUACUCAGAGGAAAUAAUGCUGGCUCUAGCUGUAUUAUUAUUGCAUGGAAUAACUGUUUCUUUGCAACAUUUUUCCAUUCCCAAACGUCUUCUGUACACUUACCACAGAGGAGAGGGAUCCGGGGUUCAUUUUUUUUAGAAACUGUAAUAUUAAAUCUUUUACUAAGAAAUGAUUUUCUAAAGUUUUUUCUAAAGUAUCUGACAUUCAGCAUUCGGUACAAGCUUCAAGUCCCUUUUGCAUAAUUCCCUAGUUCUCUCAGCAUUAACAUAUUUGACAAAAUGUGAUCUGCCUUAAAAAAGGAGACAUUCAUUUCCUUGUUCGCAUCUAAGUGAAAACUAAGCAAGAAACCAUAAUUCAACAUUUCUAAGGGAGUAUUUUCUCAUUUCUUUUGUCUCUGAUUAUAAAAAAAAAACAUCUUUACUCUACUGGGAAGUUGUGACAAAGUUUUAGGCCAAAGAUUGCACUGCAGACAGGGGAAAUAAUGAAGUGAUAACAGGACAAACUUCAAGUUUGAGGUAUUAACUAACACACCUGCCUGCUCUUCAGUAUUUCAUGGGGUUGUUUACUGAAACAGUGCCCAGCCAUCCACAAACCAAAGUGAUCUAUUUGAUAGCUGCUCUGUGUUUACAGAGUGGAGGUCUGAGUGCCAGCGUCUGUGAGAAACAUGCCCACAAAUGUUUCUGUUUACGUGAGUGAAAACUUAUGUCCCCCCGUGUUUCAAACAGGCCUUCGGUAACGCUAGGACUGCGGAGAAUAACAACUCCAGCCGCUUCGGGAAGUUCAUCCAGCUCAGCUAUCUGGAGAGCGGCGUCAUCAGAGGGUAAAGACUCGAGUUUGAGGGUUUCUUCGUAUGCUUUAUUUUUUAAUGUUCAUACUUUUUUCUGAUUCAGGUUUUAUUGACAUGCUCCUCUUGUGUGUGCCUCUUGCAGGGCGGUUGUUGAGAAGUACCUGCUGGAAAAGUGCAGAGUGGUAUCCAGAGACAAGAAUGAGAGGUAUGAUGGAAUCUGAUGUCUCCACGGAAACAUGCCUCAUUCACUUAUUAUUUUGUAGAGAUAAAUUCCUGACGCCUGACGCAUGCAGGAAACGCACAAAGAUGCUCUAGAUAGAAAAAUAUGUCGAAGUGAACAAGUUGGACUGACUGUAUUUGACUAUAUCAGCACUCUGUGACCUCUGACCUGCAGGAACUAUCACGUGUUUUACUAUCUGCUCAUGGGAGCGUCCAAAGAAGAGCAGGAGGAGUUACAGCUAUUACAGCCACAGGAUUAUCUCUACCUCAAGCAGGUACCUUUGAUCGCUCUCUUUACUGCUGCGCUAAUUUAAAAAAGGGGGAGGGACUACCAUGAUGUGGUUUGUGAAGUGCGGUUUGAUGUUAUCAAGCGGGGAAAACCAGAGGUAGAUGUUUGAUGGAAUCAAACCCAUAAGAUCUCAGAUAUGUCAGAGUUUCCUCCAAGUGGUGAAUUUACAAACAGUCAUGUAAAACUGUAUAAAUGCCCUUUUUAGAUGGCGUACAGUUUAUCUCCUCCUCUUCAUAUUGUUGUAUCAUACAUGUUUACAUUUUUACAGCUUUUUUGGAGUUUAAUAAUAAUAAUAAUAAUAAGAAGAAGAAGAAUAACUUUAUUUGUAUAGCACUUUUAAAAACAGAAGUUUACAAAGUGCUUUGACAUAUAGUCAUAAUCACAUAGAAAAAGACAGAUUAGAACAAAAAGCUCAGUUAAAAAGGAAUUUAAGGUCAUUUUUAUUUUUCAUAAGGAACCUAGACAAGACAAGAACCAUGCAGUAUAAAGUGAGACCAUGAGGACCAAAAUAAAAACACAUCAUAGUUAAGAAAAAAGAAAAUGCAAUUAAAAUGGGGGUCGAAAGUGGAAACAGGAUAGUAAAUAUAAAAGGCAAUAUCAACAAUUAAUUAUUAAUUAAUUAUUAGAAUAAUAACAGGAAAUACUGAUAAUAAUAGUAAUGAUAAAAUAGAGCAACAGAAACGAGCAGGAGAUAAAACAAUAAAAGAGUACAAGCAUAACAAAAGCUAAUAGGACAGUAAAGCCGAAUAAGAUAGAGGUAAAAGAGAUAAAAGAUAAAAGACAGUUUUAUGUGACAAUGCUAACUUUCCUAUGAAAGAGUUGCAAUCAUGAACUUCUGAAACUCAAUAAUAUGUGUGGACACAAUUUGGGCUGUGCCAAUAAACUCAAAUUGACAGAAACUUUAUUUUCAAAAUGGCAAACUCUUGAUAUCAUGCUAAAAAUAAGCACAGGUUGCCACAUUAAACAGAGGCUAAACAAAGAAGAAGUAGCAGACUGCUAGCAGGCGAGCUGUAUCAGUCUUCUGCAUUAGCAGAACAAAUCUAUGUCAAGCCGGGGGCGGGGCACAUGAGCGGGCCCUUCAAACCCAAUAAAACUCAUGAUAACAUCGCUUUACAAGGUACACAUGCAUUACUACAUUUUUUACACACAGCUGGGUCAUUUUGAAGUCAGUCAAACAGAUAUGAAGUCUAAUAAACCAAGAGAACAACAAAAACAUUAGGCGACUUCACCCCCUAUGACAAAACAACACAAAUUCAAGCAGUUCAGCAACAUGGAUACCGACUCUGUAUGUGAUGACACAUCUAAGCCCACACAUAUCCUCUGUGCUCCCCCUCAAUGGUGAUUGGAAAGUGACUCAGAUCAACUUGUGGAGCGUUCUGCUCCCACGACCCGAGCUCGCCAGAGGAGCGGCUCGCUUCCCCUCCUCCGACCCAGGGGAGUGACGCUCCCCCCAGCCCCUCCAGAAGUUCCACCUCCACUUUAGGGGUUGAUUUAACACUCUUUCAAACUCAUAUUCCAAGAUUUACCAUGAAUCUAGAAGAAACCUUAGUGCCGGUACAUCCACGGGUUAGUAAUGAAUUAAACAUUUAUAUUUUCUAACCGCUUUUGUCAUCGCUCUGUUAUAGUUCCAUUAAUAAAAUCUACUAUAAGUAACCCACACCUUAACACGCAAGCAAAGUUCAACCAUUCAAAGACAGAAAAUGACCUAAAGACAGAAACAUUUCAAAAUAAAAGCUCAAUAAUCAUUUAUGAGGCGGCGUCUCCUACAAAGAAGUUUCAGUCACAGAGCUGGUAAUGAGGAAGGAUAAGUCAUAAAUUUGAACCUCAUUAAAAAUGGAUCAUGACUGUAAAGUAACUGCAUGUAUUAGUUAAGUUUAUGACCUCAUAUGUUGCCCCACCCUUGUCUUACCUUCCUUAAAUUUUGCUGACGAUGUUGUUUUGGUUUUAAGUUCUCCAUAAAUAUUGCAAUAAUGUUGUUAUCGCCACGGUAACCAUGAGGUGAAAACCUGUUAUCGUGACAGCCCUGAACACUACAUAGGAAAAAAACAGCGUAUUUCCAAUUAAAAUCACUCUGCAAGAUAAUAAUUUACCAAACCCCUUAACAGAGAGACAGUGAUUAACAAUCAGACAAAAUGAAGGAGAACUAAUGAAGAAGCAUAAGACUGAUUGAUUUUGGUACUUUCAUUCACCUCUAUUGCCAAGCUUGUUGCUCACCCCUCUCUCUAUAUAUAUAUAUGUCUCAUCUCACAUAUACAGGAAGACUUCAACUUGGAUGAUGAGGAGAAACUCAAGCAGGAGUACAAGAGGCUUCAUCAGGCCAUGGAGAUGGUCGGCUUCCUGGCCACCACCAAGAAAUAGUGAGUGUGAUUUUGACCGGAUUGCUGCAGGCCAGUGAGAAAAUGGACCCGUGUUAAACUGUGAUGUUAAUGUCUGGAGAAAAGGCUGAAAAGCUCCUCUCCUGCAGAGUCAGCUGUUUUUUAAGAGAUUAAAGGUGUUUUCUGAAAGCUUAGUCAGCCUAAUGGACAUGUAGUUUUACUGUACAGCUCACUCACCAAGUCCUUGAAGUGGGAAAAAAAACUUUUGAAACUAUUUAAAAGAGGUGUUUUCCUUGAUUCGUGUUUUUCCAGCAUUCUCAGUGUUUACAGUGACGCUGCACACCUCUGUAAGUUGUCACAAUCCCAAAACAAUGCGCACAUGUGAAGUAACCCUUAAAAUAACUGAAAUGUGUCGGGUAGUUUCUGUUUUCUGCACUGGUGUCAGGAACAGGUCAGAGCUUGUCAAAGUUAAGGAGGGGAGAAAAAAAUGCAGCAAGCAUGUCGAUGAGUGCCUGACAGCCUCGGGACACGCUGUGCACGUAAAGGCACAUACAGCAUAGUUUGUAACCUGUUCAGGUUGGGUCACCUGGCGACCACAAUAAAGACCCAGCGUUAAUGAACGUGAAUGCAUUGUUGUGUAAAGAUUACAAUAUCCAGUACACACAUAAAUGUCUGUGCAGAUCCAUCCUUUUAUCUACAGUAUUUGAACUUGCCCAGUAACCCCUGACCUGCAUUCACAGCGUGUUUUGCAGCUAACAAGCUUCAUAUCAGUGCAGAAAACUAGUAUCAACCACGGUUAGCUUCUCCAGCACUAGGGGUGCUUGCACAAAGGCAACACUGAUAUGUUUAUGUCAACACAGCAAUGUUUAGUCUACAUGACACUGUUGUUAAUCAGCUGCAAGUUUCCCAUCUGCUCUGUUGAAGCACAAGCAAGGUUGAGAAAAAGAAAGGAUGAGAUAGAAAAGAUAUAACUGUCAGCAUCAGUAAACAGAAAGGUAAAUAUUGGAAAGUGUAGAGUAAAUUAGAUGUGAGAAGAACAGUCAGUCACUGUGAAAUUAGUGUGUGAAACAAGCUCAGAGUAUUGAGAAGGAUAACGUGAACAGAAAGUUUUACAAAAAUAAAAACGAAAGCGGCUCAAGUUUCCUGCAGCUUCAUCUGUUUCACUAUUUCACCGACCUUUAUAAGAGAGACUGAGCUGCAGUUUGGUGAGCUCAGAAACCUCUCAUAUCAUCAUGUCUCCACACUGCAGCAUAUUCGCCAUCCUCUCUGCCAUCCUGCACCUGGGCAACGUGACCUUCUCCCUGUCAGGGGAAAGUGAAGUUCUGGAGGCUGGACCUGAUGAGGUUUUAUCCACACUGUCUGACCUGCUCAAAGUGAGUAACGAAACAGAUGAUUAAUGAUAGACCCUAAAAGCACUGGAUAAACAUUUGUAAUUUCUAGCAUCGAGCUACAUCAGUGAAAGGUUUCUGUUUUGAUGAAAUCACUGUGACUCAGCUCUCAGAGAUGAUCUGUGUGUGUCAUCAGUACACCUAAAAUAACCCUCUGUGUUUUGUUUAGCAUACCAACAUGCUGCAACAUGCUCUUCUUGUAAUAUACAACAGUAUCAGAAUGAUAUUUUUGAGAAUUGUUAAACUGUCGUAACUGUUUGUUUGUUUGUAAAGGUGAAAAAGGAGCUUCUUGUAAAAGCUUUGACCAAGAGGAAAGUAGUGACCGCCAACGCCACAGUAGUUUCAGAGUUCACACUACAAGAGGUAUAAAGUUUACAUAAAGUGUUUUCUCGUUAUUCUUUUAAAUUUGAGUCGACAUUAAGCCUUUAUUUAUUUGAUUCGUCUGUGAAUUUAGGCCUACACUGUGCGGGACUCCAUGGCCAAGUCUCUGUACGGCGCUCUGUUUGAUUGGAUCAUCCUUCACAUCAACCACGCGGUGAUCAACAGGCGAGACAUGGAGGAGUCCGUCUCUGUAAGUCAUAUUAAUGCAGUUCAGAUACAGUGCUCAGCAUAAGUCAGUACACUCAAUAUCUAUAUGAGCUAAAGUACAAUUUCCAAAGUUUUGAGCAAAGCUGAGUUUAACACAACAUUUUAUUUACCAUGAGAUGAAAAUAAGGGUGAUAUGGUAACUAAAAUGUAGCUUUACUUCCAGAACUUUGAUUGGGGUGUACUCAUUUUUGCAUCCUGAUUUUGAAUUAAAAAAACACUUUUUUAUAUGCAGCUUAAAAAAUCUUGUUUGCAAUCAGUGGUCUACAUUUGGGGGAGUAUUUUGUUGUAUAGUCUGACAUAGAAAAUGUUGAUUUUGAAAGGAAACUAAAGGUUUUCUGACAACUCUGAAGGGGUGUUCUCAUUUCAGCAUGAUUUUUUUUACCUUAAGAUAUAGUAAAUUGCAUGUCUCUGUAUUAGUGUCUUGAAAAAGAUGAAUAAAAUACCCCUCAUGCACAAAUCUUGAUCAUUUUAAAACUUUUGUUGCUGUUGCAGUAAUCUGCAAUCUUGAAUUUAGCUCAUAAACAUGCAUAUAAACAGGGAAUACUUUCUUUUUAUGAUUUGCCUUUCUGCCGUGAUGUUUUCAGUGUUUGUCCAUCGGCAUCUUGGACAUGUUUGGUUUUGAGAACCAUCGGGUAAACAGCUUUGAGCAGCUGUGCAUCAACUACACUAACGAGAAACUGCAGUAUUACAUCAACCAGCACGUCUUCAAGCUCAAGCAAGUAGGUGCAUUCAUCAGCACGCACGACAAUAAGACUGAAAGUGGAUGAAGUUUAGGGAUUUUAAGUGUUUUGUUUGUUUUUAUUUGAGAUAUUUUCAUGUCAGUAUUUCUGUUUGUGCUUUUUUCAAUCUGCCCGAUAACAAUGAGUGAUUGUGUUUUGAAACUAUCCCAGGAGGGUUAUGUGUCAGAGGGCAUCACCUGGCAAAACAUCGACUACUCCGACAACAGCGGCUGCAUUCAGCUGAUCAGCGAGAAGUCAACUGGACUGUUUGACCUGCUGGAUGAGGAGAGCAAGUAAGUGUACUAAAUAUACGACAAAACCAGGAAAAUUCAGAGACGUUUGAGCGUCGUGUAAAAGGAUCGUCUCCUUAACACCCAGCUUAAUCCUGAUUCAUUUGGAUUUUAUUAAGAAACAGGUUUUUGUGGGAAAAUGUGGUGUACUUGUAUUUUUCCAAGAGUUUCUUCAACAACAAAAAAAUACUUUUUCAGUCAUUUUAACUAGCUGGUUUUUCAAGAAUUUCACAACAAACAAGGACGCUCUGGAAACACGUGGAUGACACAGAAAAGAGCGUCAAACAUGAGUCAGAAAAAAAGGAACAAAUGACUGUUUCUGAUUAUUAUGAAACACUUUAAAAAUCGGUUAUCUAAGAAGUGCCUUGUUACACGUCAUUAUUGUGUUUGAUCAGAAAUUGAUCAUGAGUUGUCUGUCUUGGUCCUGUCCCAUAUUUCUGCUCCAUAAUGUUUUGUCCCACCUGUUCCUCUCUCUGUGUAUCCUCAGCCUCCCUCAGGCCACAGAUGAAACCCUGCUGAACAAGUUGAAGCAGCAGCAUCAGGACAGCCCCUUCUUUGUGCCCUCUGCAGACACUGAGUCAACUUUCGUAAUAAGGCAUUUUGCUGGCAGGGUCAAAUAUCACAUCAAGGUGGAGUAUAUUUCCCAGAAUGUCCGCUUCUUUAAUCCGGCAAAGUUUACAUUUGAAGCCAUGCAGUCAGUCCACAAAAGCAUAAUGCUCGUCUGUCAGUAGUUCAGUUGAUAAGCCACCGUGGGAAAAUCUGGAAACUCUUUCUGAAUUUAGUGAAUCAUUAAUGAGGCUCCCUCCCCUGAACAGACUUGGAUUUGUUGCACUGCUCGGUUUAUAGUUGUGAAUACACGCAGAGGAUUUGACUGAAUCUGCACUGAUUCCUUAUUUUUAACUGCGGAGAGGAUUAAACAUUACAGCAUGUUGGUCGUGAUUCUUGUUCUUCAGGAUUUCCAGGAGAAAAACACGGAGCACAUGCGUCCUGAAGUCAUAUCGCUUCUCAGGAGCAGCGAGCGAGCGUUUAUGCACCACUUGGUCGCAUCGAGUCCGGAGGCUCUGUUUAGAUGGGGAGUCCUUCGUGCAACCAUUCGCAUCCUCGGGGUGUUUAAGAAGAUGGGACGCAAGAAAGCAGAAUUGAGUGAGUAGCUUUUGAUGCUAAUCCAGCGUUUUCACCCAUAGUCUUUGUGUCUCUUACUGAAUCACAGGUUACUUUACUCUUCUCUCUUUGCUGCAGGACAGAAAGAUUCAGAAGAUCUUUUGUACCCACAGCUAUCAGACUUUAUAAUUCUUCUGUAAAUAUGAGACGACAGACAAUUGAAUUUCUUCUUCUUUAAUGGCUUUUGGUCAAUCAAGUGUCAUAAUUUGUCGAGGACUUGACUACAUAUAACAGAUUUGUUGUUCUGUCAUCACAGUGGCUAGCAGACAAAUGCCUCGCAAGUCCCUCAGAGAAAUGAGACGGCACAGCCACACCAUGGACAGACUGUCCAGGUACGUUUUCAUCACUUGUUUGUUUAAAUUAAAUUCUAAUGACACUAAUAAGCCCGUCUUUUAUUUAAAAUUGAGUUUCUUUUCCAAACACAGGAUGACUGAUUACAAGACGACCCCUCAUUUUUUACUCACCCUCUGAGACGUCAUUUUUUAUUAAAGUUUCAGCUACACUCUGAACUGUUUUCUUCAAACUCUGCCUCAGUCAUUGGUUCACUCAGUCUUUCACCCCCCGACACCAUAAUAAUGAGUCACAGCUCAUGAGGGGGACACUUGCUUUGAGGAGAAGCGGUGGUGUUAGCUGUAAUGAAUAUUAACAUUCAAUCACGAUUCCAAGAUUAUGAGACAGUCCCACUUUUUUGACAAAAAAAAAUUUUUUUAUCUCUGAGUUUAUUGAACAUCUCAAAGCUAAGCAUGAAAAUGAUGCUGAUGACGUGUUUCGUUUGAUUCUUACAGCAACAGCCUGACCUUGGAUUUCUCCUUCGACCGCUCUGAUGAGCUCCCUCUUGACGUGUUUGAGGACAUUUUUGCCAAUUUCGAAAAGAAGAAGUAAGUCAGCUUUACGGCUUCAGAAACUGAUAUGCUAAAUGUAACUUCUCGCACUCUGUUUAUAAAAUUAGAAAUCUAAAAUUAUUAUUUUGACAGGAAAAGUCGAAGUGGCCGUCAGAAGCAGCUCAUUCCAAAGGUAGAGUUUAAUAAUAUAACUACAGUUCAUGAGCAUCAUUGUUUUAUAUUCUUCAGAUCAACUUUCUGUCGAUGACUCCAUCCAAAGUUAACAGACUUUUUCAUGUUUCCUUUCAUAGAAUCUGAUGAAUUUCAAGUCACUCCAACAUAUUAUCGGUCUGACUGCGCAUGAUCGGACCAGCAAAGUCGUCUUCCACCCUCACAGGACGACGAAGCCCCCCACAGUUAGCGCUCAGUUUCAGGUUUGUCUCUUAAAGACUUGAAGCUCUUUUAAAAAUAUCAUCACUUACAUGUAUCAGGUUAGAAAAGACUUGAUCCUAGUGGCACAUCAAGUUAUUUAAUCUGGUUUUGAAAGAUUCAAAGAUACUCUUAUGAUCUUUACAUGAAUGGGCGGCUCCUUUUUAGAAUUUCCUUUUCCUCAUUGGUAGUUAUGAGUUAAAUAUUUUGAUUUUCCUGUCUUGAAAUCACUUCACACAUUGUUGUCAAACAGCAAAUUAAGUCCAUCAAAUGUUAUCGAGCUUAAGCUGUCGUCUCAAGUAUCUCCUUCAGUGCAUUAAAAGCUUAAGCGGUCUUGUACUUGAGGUGAUGUUACAUUGGAAAGACAUCAAAAACUCAGCACUGUUCCUUUUAAAUAAAGCAGAUCAUGCAUCACUCACUUUGCUAAUACAUAUCUAACAGGCCUCUCUCAGAAAGCUGAUGGAGAAGAUCGAAAAAGCCGAGCCGUUCUUCAUCUUCUGUCUUCGCUCCAAUGCUGAGAAGGUAACAUCAUGUGCAGAUCCUGCCGUUGAAUGAAGUCACACAGGUUCGACUGUAUAAAACACUUCAUCACUGAAGGGACAUGUUUUGUUUUUGCAGAAGGAGCUCCUCUUUGAUGAUGAACUAGUGCUGCAGCAGAUCAAGUACACAGGCUUACUGCAGAUGGUUCACAUCCAGAAGUCGGGCUACAGCGCCAAAUACACUUUUAAGGUGGGCAAGAUGAUUUAUUUCAAACUUAACACAUGCAGCUGUCCUGUUUUCUACAUAUUCAGUGGAGUAUAAUAAGAAAUAAUGAAGGUAAGUCAUUUUUUUGAUCUUUCGGUUUUUCUUUGAAUGACAGGAGUUUGUCGACAAGUUCAGAGUGUUGCUGCCAAAAGGAGCGACGGCUUCACCGGAGCACAUAACUGAACUUUUCGAGCGGAUGAAGCUGAACAAGAGCACCUAUCAAAUAGGGAAAACACAGGUAAACAUAUUCAUUAAACCAGUGAUCUGUUCUGACUUUAGCUUGAGGUUAUAUUGGUUAAAAACCAGCGAACACAAUGAUGAUAUUCUUAGUGCUUUUAUGAUAAGCAAGCCUCUCUUAUCCGCUCAGGUGUUCCUCAAGGAGAAGGAGAGGCAGCUGCUGCAAGAGUCGCUGAACAAAGAAGUGAUGCGCCGCAUCAUCAUCCUGCAGCGCUGGUUCCGUACCUGUCUGAUGAGGCUGCACUUCCUGCAAAAGAAAGACGCCACGUUGCUUAUUCAGGUAGCGAAGUUCUAUAAAAUAAGAGACAAUCACAAGUUUUACAACGCUGACAGCUCAGUGUUCCAGUAAGAACAACACAACUUUUCCAAAGUCUUAAAACAGAUCGAGAGCAUGCCACAAAGCUGUAGCUGACGAGAUCUUUUGGUGUCUUCCAGAGGAGCUGGCGUGAGUUUUAUGAGAAACAAAACAAAGCUGCUACAGUGAUCCAGACAGCAUGGAGGACCUCUGUGAAGAGAACAAACUACCCACAUGAGAAUGAGGACGAGGAGGAGACAUCCAAAGCACGGCCUGGACGGGACAAGUAAACAAACCACCAAACACUCACUUUUAUUAGAUGAUAGGAGAAGACGAUGGUUUUAUAUGAGAACACAUUCCUAAUAACCACAGCAGGUUCAUGGAGACAAACACAAGCAUUGGGUUAACCUGCAACACGUGUAUAACAUCCACCCAACCUCUCUAAAUACAGGUCUUAGUGUUUAUAAUCCCAGGCUGACAGAUUGUUUGUUCAAAAGCCACAAUUAAUGGCGCGCUGGUGUUUGAAAAACCAAGCCUGAGUUAAAGCCACUGAGGCAUUAAAAACAUUUCUGUGUCGUCACAAACAAGCCGACAGACAGAAAACAAGGAAGCUCCAUUUACCAGCAACGCUCCAGAGCGUUUCAGCGCUGUGCUGGAGUUUGUUCACACGUCUGAAAGGAGGAGGAACAAGUAGCACUUCUUGAAUCCCACCCCUUCUCUGUUUUGCUUUUCCCUUUGCCUGCACAUGCUGCACAAUACUUUUAUAUAUCCCAGUGCUCUCUGGUGGUGAGAUAUUAAACUGCACAAAAUAUUAAAAAGCUGGGAAUGAAUCAUAACAGUUAUUAGUUUUUUGUCCGCCCAAGUAAAUUUAAGACUAAUGCGAUCAUAAAACUUAAGUGUCCAUGACAGUUGCUGUGAUGCCACUCUGAUUAAGUGAUUCUCCUCCAACAGCUUGGCCAAAAAAGAGCUGAGGAGGCAGCACAAAGUGGAGCUCAGCCCCAGCAGAACCCAGAAGCCGGACCCGGUUAACGGCCAGUCAGCACAGAGGGACAGGAGCAGAGAAAAACGAGAGGGCCGAGGAUCCCCUCCCCCUCUGAACAGACCCCUCUCUCUCCCGCUGGACUCCAAAGUCGGCGGCGACGAUGACUCGGUCGGCCCCGCUAAAGCGAGCUCGCUGCAGCGCUACACAGAGAAGGGGGGUAUCAAGGAGAAGGCUGAGAGGUGGCGCGAAAGAAAGAGUGACGAUUCGAGUCCAGAAAUGCGGCGACACAGAGACAAUCAGACCGAAGAAUUUAAGUAAGAGUCCCUCACCAUUUUUGUUUUUAAACUUCCAAACAACUCAGUUAUUAUCUCUGCCAAUCGAAACACUGUCUCUGUGUCUGCCUCUGGUACCUAUUUUAGAGCAAAAUGACAUGGCAGUAAGACUCACGAUGAUAUUCUGAGUAUAUUCAUAUAAAUCGCAGGGUUUGAUAUUUCCAAAAUAAUCCACAGCUCUUCUUUUAUUGUCUUGUGUGACACAGGUGCAAAGGGAAGUCCAUGUCUGUUGACGAACUAUCAAGGAUCAGCUCAUCAGGAUCCGACAGCUCCCCCUCCAACAACGAGGUAACCUUUGCAGAUCUGUCUCCAAAGGAUACGUGUUUACAUCCAAAUCUACUACACUCAGUUAUUUUUGUUUCUUAUAGAGUAUUUUUUAGUGUUGUGUGCAAAUGUGAAUGUUGGUUUUGGGGUUUUUGUGGUACAGUAGUCAAAUGUGCUUUAAGCUGGUUAUCAUACAGAAGAAGGCUCCUCAUACGUGAACCAAAGAAGGCCUCCCAAUCUGUGCCUCAUCCGUUUUCCUGGCCCAAUUAGGUCAGGGUGCGUCUGCGCAAGCAGCCCAAACGCAAGCGGCGCUUAGCCUACGCCCGCAGUGGUUUGAUGAUUAACUUUGGGAGUUCCAAGGAGAGCGAGUACUGGAGCUUUCCGCUGCCUCCAAUCAGCCCCCAUGUGUCAAAUAUGAAGAGCGCAGCCAGUAGCGUGGAUGUCCGGCACCUCAAAUCUCGGGUCAAGGUACUGCGAGAAGAAACAUGACGACUGACCGCAGCACUUCCUCUGCAUGCAGGCCUUGCAUGUGUAUGACCCAAACUGACUGACGGUUGCAUUGUUCUGAAACUUCUCAUUUCUGCUUUGCAGCCCAGGAAAAAAUGAGCUGUUGCUUGAGAGAGAAAAUACAAAAAAAAAAAAAACAUGAGAGUCUAUUUUUAAAGCUCAUUUUUUUAUCUUUUUUUGUCUGGUCAUCCAAAUAAGCCACAGGUCAGAAAGUACAGUUACCAAGUUUGUCCUAAAAGGGUGAAUUUCUUAAUGUCAGUUUUUCCCCAGACUGAGAGUUUGACUCUAAUCGUCUCAGACUUUUGCUUCUUUUAUCUUUUAUCUUCACUUUGAUUUUGUUUACAGUUUAAAAGCAGAAAAUACUUUUGUGCAAAAUUGAAAAUUAACCUGAUUAUUGUGAAAAGCUUUUUAAUUUAUAGAGUCACGAUCACCCCUCAAUCAAAUUAAUCUUUUAUAUUAUCAUCACACCAUCUGAUCAACUAAUGAUGAAAUCAAAUCUAAGUUUUUAGUUCGUAAAGAUAUUCAUCAUUAUCGUUCUCUUGUAAAAAUCAAUGUCAUCUACAACGGGAAAAAAAUUGUAGCAGAAAAAAACGGGGUAUAAAGGAUUAAACACGUCUAACAAAAUACAUAUUAACAUGGGAGGUUGAAAAUUUGUUAAUGAAAUCCCACCUGAGGUCCAUAACUCACACUGACAGAGAGUUCCUGACAUGUCAACUAACUUUGAGUGUUACAACUAACCGGUUCAAAAAAGGUCAAAGCUCAGCUGGUGGCAGGUGACAGUGAAGCUUUGCAUGAGGAAUCAAAAGUGGUGGAGGAUAAUCAUGAUCACACUAAUAACCUUUUGUAUUGAUGUGCUCCUGUUCGGUGGUGGAGGAGCUGUGCUGCUCGUUGCAGGAGGACGUGGUGGUGAAGGACACCUAACUUGACUUUUUACUCUUUUUAUGAGAACAAUUUGAUUUUCCCGUAAAAGUCGCUCAUUCUGGCUCUAGACUUGGACUCAGAAAGUGUUUAUUUUUUGAUGCUUCAGGGGAUAGCAGCAGAACCUGACGGCUCGAGGUUCAGUCUCCCAGCUGGACGCGGCAGCGACGACUCAGGACAGCAGGGAUCCAAUCAAUCACAGCUCACAACUCCCGAGAGGUAAAACCCAUCACCCUAUCCGAAAAGAAAAAAAGUUUUUAAUUUGAUGUUUCUUGCAUGACACUGAUGUUGUUUGUCUGUCCUCCAGGGUUUGGUUUCUCAGUAAAUUCCUGAGAAAGCGUGGGCCGAAAUAUUCCCCAAGCUCUGAAAGUCCAUCAGAAAAAAAUGGUCAGUAAUAUUCUUCCAAGAGUGAUGAGUCAGCUGCAAUCUCAGUGUAUCAGUUUGUACAAACAGCUCAGUAUACUUUGAUUAAAGACAGAUUUAAGUUAAUGAAUAACUGUGGUUUUCACAUGUCCACACACUUUUCUCAUGGGGUUAAUGUCACUCAGACGUCACACUCCACCUCUUUACUGCCAUCUAGAGUUUUUUGUAGAUCAGCAACAGGCGUCAAAACGAGCCCUUUAAUGCCUGCCACCACAAAUUAUGGCCGUAACAUUCAAUUUUUUUUAAGCUGAAAUGUUUAUUUCACUUACUACUGAAAAGCAAAAAAAGUCAAAAUGUCCUUAAAAUUUCACACAUAUAUUUAUUUAUCUCGUUUGAUACAUUAGAUGUUUUCGGAUAAAAACUAAUAAACCACAAGAGGACAUUUUUAUAAUUUAUCGGACUGUAUUCAGGUGUUUUUUUAGUAAUUUGUUGAUCAUAUUGAUUUGAUGGAAGUAUAUAAAAGUAUGUAUCAAAUACGAUACAAAAGGAAUUUUACAAAAAAGGCCAGGAAAGAGGAUUAGGGUCACAUGAAGAAAAAAAGUAAUUACAGGAAGGAUGUUUAAGUUGAAAUUUUGACAAAGUUGAAAUUUCAUGAUUAAAAAAAUCGAAAUUAUGCCAAUAAAGUCGAAAUUUCGAGAUAAAAAAUUGAAAUUUCGAGAUUAAUGUUGAAAUUUCGAGAUUACAUAACGUGAAUAAUGUUGAAAUUUCGAGUUUAAGAAUUUUGAAAUUUCGAGAUUAAAAAACGUCGUGAAUAAUGUUGAAAUCGCGAGAUAAAAAAAUUUGAAAAUUCACGAUUAAAGUUGAAAUUUCAAGAUUACAUUAUGUCAUGAAUAAUGUUGAAAUUUAGAGAUUAGAAAAUUUUGAAAUUUCGAGAUUCAAGUCGACAUGAAUAGAGUCGGAAUUUCAACUUUUUUCAAUUUCGCCUUUAAUCUCGAAAUAGAACUUUAAAAAAUCUCCCUCCUGUAAUUAUUUCUUUCUCUUCUUGUGGCCCUAAUCCUCUUUCAUACACAACUGAUCAUAGUUGUUGUGUCUGAAUAACACUUAUGUCACCCUUACCCCGUCGAACAGCAAUUACCUUGGCCAGCUACACUCCACACACCUACCACAUGCCCAAACAGGACAAUGAGAGGGUGAAGCGAAACCCCACCAUUCGCAUCAGCCGGGCCACGCGGGUGAUGCAGUGGAACGUGUCUCUGGACCGCGAGAUCACGGACACCAAAGAGCUGCGAAACCUGGACGAGUUUCUUGGCAACCAGGUGAGGCUGGUAACUGAUGAAGAGAAUGUGGAGCACAGCAAAUGACCAACUCCGGUGUUAUUUAUAGCACUUCAAGAUCCUGACCCACAUACGGCUCCGGCAUGGGUUUGCUUGUUUCUGAACCCCUAUAAAAAUAGAGAGAAAUAGGAUAUUGUAACAUUUAUACAUUCAGCUAUUAUGGAUGAAACUGCGCAAGCUGCUGAGGCACUUACCAAGGAUUUUAAAAAAUGUGUUUUAAUAAUAAGAAAGUGUGACUGGGAAAAUUUAUAGAAGAGUUUAAAUUGGCCCUUGAGAGAGAAAUUCAUAAAAUAAUAGGUUAAAAAUUCAAGUUUGUAUAUUUUAGUCACCUUUUACAAUGAAUAAGGCAAUUAAAACUGUUUUUAAUACUGUUUUUAACAAUUUUAUGUCUAAAUAUCUUCAUUACAUUUAAUCUUUUUGAGAAAGUGUGACAAGCUCAAGGAAAUCUGUGUGGAUAACUUCUUAAAAGAAUCCUAUAUUUCUGGUUUUGUUUUCAGCUGGGGGCGUUUGUUUCAUAUCUUACAUCUCCACCUUUCUACACAGCAAAGAAAAAUCAAAUAGAGGCAUGCGUUUUAAUCACACCACCAUCUUUUUCUUCAGGUCAACGAGCUGCGAACGAGAAUAAAAGAACUGUCACCAACAGAGAGCAUCUUCCUUACAGCCACCAUGCAGUUUAGAGAGACCAUCAAAGGCAUGUACUCUGUCCAGGUCAGUCCAGUUUUCUUCUCUGCAUUAUUUCAAUAUUUAGCCACCUUCUCUAGUUAUGCUUUUUGAUGAUAUCAGUAUUAUUAAUCCUCACUGUAUUUGAUUUCAUGUUAAAAUGUAUUCACAAGCUAAUAAUAUUGUUGAAUAUUAUUAUUAAAAGUAGAAAGUGGUCUCUAACUGAACUUUACAUUUGCGGCUAACAGAAGCCUAAAAUCGGCUACAAAGAUCUGAUGAAGGGCUACCACAACAAAGUGAACACACUCGCAGGAUCCAAGCAGAAGUCCGAAGUUUCACUGGUGGUCAACUUGUUUCAGUCUGUGCUGGACGGCUUCAUCAGGGGCGAGCUGAAGAGAGCAGACUCAGAACCAACUAAGGUAAAGUUUAGUUGCAGAUAAGCCAGUUAGAAUAAAAUGUUAUUGGACUCGCUUGUAAAUCUCUUUCUUUGCACUCAGACGACCAAAACAGCAAAGAAGAGGAGGAAAAAGGAAAAAUGCGUGAGUAGUUUAUUUUGCCUACAUAUAAAUUUCAGUGUCAAGAGUCCGGGUGAGUCCUCCCUGUGAUUGUUCAUCUUCUCUCUACAGCCUAAUAGUCCUUUGGAUCACCUGUUCAGCACGUACCAGGUGAACAUAAUGCAGUCAUGUGACCUGUGCGGUUCAUACAUCUGGGGAAUGGAGAAAGCGUACAUGUGCAGUGGUGAGUUCAAAGAGCUGCAAGCAUACAAAUGAAACUGCAACUAAAAAACACACCAGGAGGACACACUUCAGUCUCUUUCUUCUGUUUUUCAUCGUAGCGUGCAAGUUAAUAUGUCACAAGAAAUGCCUCAGCAAAAUCAUCACAGACUGCUCGACACGGUGUGCCAGGCAGGUAGGGACCAACAUUUUUGAAUAAUUGAAUAAAAGACUAAACGAUUGAAGAAUUGAAACUACACAAAACCACUUCUUCAUGAAUUUUUGAUCUAAUCCUGCUGCUUCUAGGAUGACAGUGUACCGGGCUCACUUCACUUCGGCGUGCAGGUGUGCGUCCUCACCAGUAAAGCAAACCCUGUACCCAAAGUGGUUGAGUCUUUGCUGAUGCACGUGGAGCUGAACGGCCUCUACACAGAAGGGAUUUACCGCAAGUCGGGUUCAGCCUGUCGAGCCAGGGAGCUCCACCAGAUUCUGCAGACCAGUAAGAAAUUCAGUGGUGACCAUGCAAUCAUGAAUCGAUUCAGCCUAAAACAUGAUCCGUUUUCAGGAUCCUUAUUUUGGUGUCUUGGUAAUAUUUUGAACUCAGCUGAAAGAGUUUCACAAAUGAAAAUAAACUGAUUAACUGUAACUGAAUAUCUUCUGUUGUUUUUGUUUAUCUCUCUGUCUUCAGAUCCAGAGUCUGUGACUUUAGAGAACUACCCGAUCCACACCAUCACAGGUCUGGUGAAGCGUUGGCUCAGAGAACUGCCGGACCCCCUCAUGACCUUUUCCCUCUACACUGAUUUUCUGCAUGCUGCAGGUAAGUUAUUAUUGAUCAUAUCUAAACGUUGAAGAUUAAAAUAGUGGAUUCUGACUCUAUAUGCUGUUCUUAUUAUUCUUAUUAGGUCUUGAAGAAUUUGUCUCAUGUAAUAAAAAAAAUAUUAUACAAAACCAAAAUAGCUCAGGGUUCAAAAAGUGUAUACUUGUUCAAAAAUUAUGAUGCAAUUGGAAAUAAACCAUGUUUUUACUGUGUUUUGUAGCUGCACCUUCUUCGCAGGGAUGGGCUGACACAUAGAAAACUUACACUAGUGCACACAAACUCACACACAGCAACCAAGCACCACAGCAGCCCUGCUCAGACCAGGUUUUAAAGAUGAAGACUGAGCUGCAAAGAUACUAACUAUUGACCCAGUUUUUAAUUUUGUUUUCUAUAGCAAAGCAAGAGGCUUGACAGAUAUUUUUACCCCAAGAGAUGUUGUGAUCUCUGCUCACUUAAUGAGCGCACUCUGUUGAACUCUGCAGAGUAAUGACAUCCUGCACGGUUCUGAACUGAGCGCAGCUGGUUUUACUGGAUGUAAUUAAGCACCACUUUGGUUUUGAUCAUUUUAAUACACUAACAAAUGUCAAGGAGUUGUCGAACAAGUGCUUGUCAUGAAGUACACGAGCCGUAUAUUAACCCUGACACGUCCCUUGAUCUCCGUGUUUUUCUGCCCUCAGAGCUUCCAGAGAGAGCAGAGAGAAUAAGAGCUGUUUACCAGAAGGUUGAUGAGCUUCCUCCCGCAAAUUACAACACAUUAGAGCGGCUCAUCUUUCAUCUUGUCAGGUUGGAGAAUCUGUCGUUUUUCUUCCUUAUAAAACUAAAGGCUGCAUAUAAUCUCACACUCCUCACGGUGAUUAUCUCUGUUGAUUAGUCAUGCAAGUUGUUGAUCUGUCUGCGUUUUUAGAGUUGCGAAGGAGGAAGAGCACAACAAGAUGACGUCAAGCUCUCUCGCAAUUGUGUUUGCCCCGUGCAUCCUGCGCUCACCUGAUGUCGGCGACCCCUUCCUCGGUAUGAAGGAUGUAUCAAAGACUACAACGUGAGUCAUUUUGCAGCCUCCUAUAAGUUAUUGUAUUCAGUGCACUUAUGUUGUGUAUAUCCAUUAUGAAAAAGCCUUUUAUUGAUCUCUGGUUGUGUUGUGUUGUGUGCAGGUGUGUGGAAAUCCUGAUCUCUGAGCAGUUGAGACGGUACAAUGAGAAGAUGCAGAAUAUUCAGGAGCUGGAAUAUGCAGAGGCUUUGGCUGUCAAUCAGCUCAAACUGAGGAGACAAAACACGGUGAGACAAAUCUGAAAAGCUGGAUAAGGCUUCACAAAAAAAAUAAAACCUCUAUCAGGCAGCCUCUUUCAGUGAUUUAAGUCUGCAAGUUUGUCAAUAUUAUGUUGCAAAGAUACAUAAUCCAAGGCACCAUAUGCUGGGAAACAAAAGAAUAAACAUAAAAAUGAACAUUUGUAUAUUCUGAAGGCUGGUACAAGCAACUUAACAACUAUCAAAAUACUUCUGCCUCCAUGUAGCAGCUGACAGCACGCACUUUUUUAUUUCCGAGCAGGUUGUUGAAAAGCCGUCAGAACUGGACGCCCCAGCGCCGAUAACCUCCGACGAAACAGAGAGGACCCUCAUCGACAGGAUCAAAUCCAUAAAGCAAGAGAAGUAGGCUGAGAUGACAUUAAUAAGGAUAAAAAAGAAACUGCACAGAUGGGCAUGAUGUUGAGUAGUAUCUUGUUUCAUUUUUUCUACAGGGUGGACUUGGCCUGCAGGUUACCUGACUUGGAGCAGGACAACUCUGACAACGAUAACUUGGACUCGUCGUCGUCAAUGAGCACAGAGAGCUUAGAAGACCGAUUAGACAGCCUGGACUCGGAAGGUCAGUAAGGAGGUAAGGUAUUUUCACCUUCCUCUGGGUUUAGGGCGACAGUGUUUAGAUAAGGUUACUGUACUACUUUAUCAUUUUCAUUUUGGAUCCUUGAGGUCAUAUUUGGUGAAAAUAAAUAAAUGCUAAAUUCAGACACAUUUCUGACUAACAUUCAACUCCCUAUGUGUUACAGAUGAGUGCUUAUUUCAUGAGUUACUCCAGUCAGCUGCAUGCUAAAGAAGGGGCUGUGGCAAAUAACUACCAUACUGCUAUUUCUUUGAUACUACCGCUAUGAAGGCUGUGAAGGGUGCAUGGUAUAAACGUCGCCAUCAGUGGGUUUGCUGAUCCCAAACUGGCUGCUGGUGAAAUUUUACUUAAGACCAAAACAAAGCUUUGAAAAACAAGGUUUUGAAGCUUCGAAUGGUUUUGAUUUGCAAUGCUUCUGUGCAUGGAUUUUUCCCCACCUCUUUUAUCAUGUCUCCCUGUGGUGGUUUGUGGUAAAUUGGAUUAUAGUUUCUCAUGAUAGCUGUGUAAAGAUGAGGAUCAGUGCAUCAGAGACGUUACACUAAUGGGCUUGGUUUGCACACAAUGGUUUUGGUCAUCAGAGAUUGACAAUCCAUGAUGUGUUUUGUACAAAUAUAGAGGUAAAAAUGCCCAAAAGAGCCAGGCUGUAAGCCAACCUGCACAAAAAAAAAGACCUGCAUUAAAACUGUUUAUUAUAGAAAGCAACAGCGUAUCGAAAGAGGAAAGUUAUCAUGGUGACAGUGAUUUCAUUUACACUGCUGUGUUUAAGAUUAAUAUGCCAUAAGGCCCAUCUCUAUCAUCACAAAGGGCUCAAACCGGCCUAAAAGUCACCAAAGUAGAAAUGAAAUCACAUUUGUUUUUAUGUUAGGGUCUGAGAAGAUAGCCAUGGUGUUUCACAAGUUGCUUAUCUGCAAACUCACACAGUGGCUGUGUGACACAAAUAGUAUCGUAAUAAUUUCAUGCACAAUAAGCUAAACAAUCUGUUGUUUCCAUUCAGGAAAAGUGACCAUGCGAUUGAAAACCCAGAAGCCCGACUGCCCACCUAAACCUCCUGACCUGGCGCAGAGAGUCAGGAGUCUGAUGGCUCAGGCAGAUGUUGAUCAGAGAGAGUUCACAUCAGGACAGAAAACAGAUGUCAUCCAACCCAUGUGCUUCCUGCCCAGCCCUGACAACCCCUCCCCUACAGACGAGCCCCUGGACGCCAACAAGACCAUCAGCAGAAGCUUUGACGAUCUGGAAAUCCCUUUCAUCGAUGAGGAUGAAGAUCCAUCCUGAACAUAAACCAACAGCUGAACUUCAUGAAAUUCUUAAGCUCAUGUUAAAAAAGACCUGUGUUUGUCAAAAAAGAAACUGUGCACUUUGUUUUACGAACUUUUCCUUUUGUCAGUGCUGCUAUGGAAACAUUAAGAAUUUAUUUGUAUUUAAUGGGAGAUCAUACAGGCUGUCCCUUCUGGGUUUUCCUGGCAGAUCUGGACUCAGCAACAGGAACUACUCUGCCUCUUUUGUCUAACCAUAAAUGAUUUUAAACACACUCAACAUUUGAACAGUACAUGUUUUAUAACUGUUUGGUAUUUUGGACCGGCUUGAUGAAAAUUAGUUUCACCUGUGGAUAAAAGAGACCAGCAUGAUGAGGAGCAUUCAAGGACACAAGCACCUCUUACACUAAAAGGCUUUAUUCUGAGCUGGACCACUUUGAUACUCAUGGGGGAGUGUGUUGUUUUGUGGAACAAAGAGUUAAAAGUGUACCAUAAAAUUAUAACCAGGUUGAUCUUUAGUUGUACAGAUCAACAUUGGAUUUUGUGCUCUCAUGGAGCAUUUUUGUGCCGUCUGUUCUCUUGUGGUUCAUAUUACUGCUGUGACUGACUGUGAGUUCACACACCUGUACAGAGAAUGGUCACAAUGCUGCCUUUUUAAGACUGACUGAAAGUACUUCCCUCUGUCACUUUUUGUGGUAUUGCAUGGCAGUACAGUUUUACCAAGUACAAAAUCUGUCCAUACAUGUAGUUUUUAAGAAAAAUAUGCAUGCCUGUACAUUUAAAAAGGGGUAGAAAUAAUGCAUAUUUAGAUGAGCAUCCUCCAAGUUUGACUUUCACCCCAUACUUAAAUAAACUGACCAUUUUCAAAAGC